UUUUUCUGCUCACUGCAUCAUUGAGCGUGUGAGAGACUUCCGCUUUGACUUUCCCCGUGUCUUCUCCCUCAACAGUGAUCAGAUUUCGUUUCGAAAGGAGCAGCCAUCUUGAUAGGAGAGCAAAGUGGAAAAGCCGGGCCCUGUCUCUAACAUUUACGAUUUUAUAGUUCUUUUGACUUCUAUCUACCAUGGAUGACAGACCACCAAGGGGAGGAGGAGGAUUCAGAGGACGUGGUGGACCUCCAGGUCGUGGUGGCCCUCCUAGGGGUCGUGGGGGCUUUGAUGGAGGAAUGAGGGGACGAGGUGGACCGGGUAUGAUGCGUGGUGGUCCUCCAGGUCGAGGUGGACCUCCUCGUGGAAUGGGAAUGGGCCGUGGUGGCCCUCCUUCUGAAAGAGGCGGUUUUGUCCCGAGAGGUAUGGGUGGACCUCGAGGUAGAGGAGACUUUGCUGGCAGAGGAGGUGGCGGAGACAGAGGAACAUUCAGAGGUCGUGGACGUGGUGGCUUUGAGCCCCGAGGAAGGGGUGGUUUUGAACCUCGAGGAAGGGGAGGUUUUGAACCUCGUGGUCGUGGCGGUAGUUUUGAAGGACGAGGCCGCGGGGGAGGCAGUUUUGAGGGUAGGGGACGAGGAGGUGGAUUUGAAGGAAGAGGACGUGGAGGUGGCUUUGAAGGCAGGGGUAGAGGUGGCUUUGAAGGCAGAGGCAGGGGAGGUUUUGACAGGGGUGGUCGUGGCGGAUCUUCAGGAUCAGAAAGAUUUUCUGGCCCACCCAAACGCAUGGGUGGACCUCCUGUUAGUGAUGACUCUGCACCAAAGCGAGGAAGAUUUGAAGGAUCGCAAGGCAGCAAUGGCUAUGGGGCUCCUUCAAGUCAAUACCCAUCUAAUCAGUAUGCCAAUCGAGGAUAUGAAGGUUCAUCCCUUAGUAGUGCUACCAGUUCUUAUGGGGGUGCGCCAGCAAACCAGUCAUACAAUGCACCUUAUAAUUCGGGUGGAUCUGGAGGUGGUUACACAGCACCAUCAUAUGGACCAUCUGACCCUCCACCAGUUGCUGCUGGCGGUUAUGGGAGUGGAGGUAAUGGAAAUUACAGUGCCCCUUCAACUGGUUACAAUGAGGACUAUUCUUCAGGAUAUGCAUCUGCUCCUCCAGAAAAUAGGCCAAGCUAUGGUCCACCUCAGCAGUACUCUCAGACGGACUCUUAUCCUAGCUACAAUAAACCAGCUCAAGACGAUUACUCCUCAGGUGGUUAUGGAAAUCCUCCCGCUGGUAACUAUUCUGCUCCUGCUCCAACUUAUGAUGAUAGAGGAUAUUCAAAUACGGGAUCUUAUGACUCUCAGAGUUAUGGUUCCAACAACACCUACAACAAACCAGCUUAUGGUGGCGGCAGCUCAGCUAGCUAUGGGCAGAACCGAGAUUAUCAAGCUCCGCGGCGCUACUAAAAACUUGUAUCAGGAUAAUUCUUAUUAAUUUUUAAUUUAAAUGGUUGAUAACAAAUCUAUCAAAUUUACUUCAGGAAGUAUUGUGCUCUCAUUUAUUAUCGUUAGGAAGUUUAAUUGUUAUUAAUUUAAAGUUAUGACGAAAUACUUAGCUUAGUAUGAAGCUAUGAAGGGGUCGAGCAUCUUUCAUCUUAAAAAUAUGUACAUUAUUACUCACCAAUCAUCAUGGAAGAAAAGAUUACAAUUAUUUAAUCUAAGAAUCUUGAACAUUUCAUACUCUCAACUUUUAUUUUGUAUUUGUCAGAGAGAACGCAUGUACAUUCCACCAUGGUUUUCUUUCUGGUUUGACAUAAUAAAGUAUGUGGCCUCAAAGCUACUUAAACUUA